CAUAGGAGCUGGAUGGCCUCUUGGAAAUCAAUCGCAUGACCCACAAGCUGCUGUGUAGGUUCCUGACACUGGACAGCUUUGAUGCCAUGUUCCGGGAAGCCAACCACAAUGUGUCUGCCCCCUAUGGGAGAAUCACCCUCCACGUCUUCUGGGAACUGAACUAUGACUUCCUGCCCAACUACUGCUACAAUGGCUCCACCAACCGGUUUGUUCGGACAGUAUUACCAUUUUCUCAGGAAUUUCAAAGAGAUAAACAACCUAAUGCACAACCCCAAUAUUUGCAUGGAUCCAAGGUAGGUUGUUUUGUGUUUGUGUUACAGUUUUUAAGUUUAUAAUGAAGCAUAGUUUGAAAUCUAAUUUUUUUUUCCAAGACCUGAUCUCACCAUGUUGCCUAGGCUGGUCUCAAACUCCUGGGCUCACGUGCUCCCCUUGCCUCAGCCUCCCAAGUAGGUGACAAUACAGGUGUGAGCCCCUGUGUUGAGCUUACCAUUUAAUU